AACUAUGGAAAGAAUGGGCAGACGAAUACAAACCAACUCAAACAAUAGAUCCAACAUGGUAUAAUACAAAGAUCACACUCUCUAAACUAGAAACUAUAAUUAAAGAAACACCCAACACAAAGGCUACUGGGCCCUCAAAAAUAUCAAAUGAAAUGUUAAAACAUCUAGACCUCCAAGCGAAAGCCAUAAUCUUAAAUCUAUUAAACAAUUAUCUAAUACUACAUGAU